GCUUUGCGUGCACCGCCUGCCCCAUCCCGCUCCGCCUCUGAGGCACACGGAGCCCUUGGCGGCCGCGCACGUCCCGGCCAGAAGCGCCGCAGCCCCCGCCAGCCCCUCGCGGAGAAGGCGAGCGCCUCCCCGUCCGCCCGCAGGAGGGGACCCGUCUGCCCCCGAAGCCGCCGCUGCCGCCUGCCCGGGGGCCGGAGCCGCUGCCUGCGGGCGCCCGGCGGGGCCGGCGGCCAUGGGAGCCCGGCCCGCGGGGGGCGCUCCGUAGGGUGCGGGCGGCCCCACUCGGCCCCCGGCAGCUGCGGCGAGCCCAGCGCAGCGUCCCCGCCGCCACGGGGCUGCGGAGCUGCCGGCGAGGCGAGGAGCGCCCCGGGGACGCGGCACCGCCGGUGCAAGGCGCCGCCGGCCGCCAUGGGGGAACAACCCAUCUUCAGUACCCGAGCUCAUGUCUUCCAGAUUGACCCAAACACUAAGAAGAACUGGGUUCCCACCAGCAAGCAUGCUGUUACUGUGUCCUACUUCUAUGACAGCACAAGAAAUGUCUACAGGAUAAUCAGUUUGGAUGGCUCAAAGGCAAUAAUAAAUAGCACCAUCACCCCCAACAUGACGUUUACUAAAACAUCCCAGAAGUUUGGCCAAUGGGCAGACAGCAGGGCGAAUACAGUCUAUGGCUUGGGAUUUUCAUCUGAACACCACCUUUCAAAAUUUGCUGAAAAAUUUCAGGAAUUCAAAGAAGCUGCACGAAUAGCAAAGGAAAAAUCCCAUGAAAAGAUGGAGCUAACAAGUACACCCUCUCAAGAAUCAGCUGGAGGGGAUAUUCAGUCUCCUUUAACGCCGGAAAGUAUUAAUGGGACAGAUGACGAGAGAGCGAUGCCAGAAGUGACGCAGAACUCAGAACCAAGGGCUGAACCAACACAGAACGCAUUGCCAUUUACCCAUAGCUCGACAAUCAGCAAGCAUUGGGAGGCAGAACUGGCCACACUCAAGGGUAAUAAUGCUAAGCUCACAGCAGCCCUGCUGGAGUCCACUGCCAACGUGAAACAAUGGAAACAGCAACUUGCUGCAUAUCAGGAGGAAGCAGAACGUCUUCAUAAGCGGGUGACUGAGCUAGAGUGUGUAAGCAGUCAAGCCAAUGCAGUCCACACACAUAAAACAGAAUUAAAUCAGACAAUACAGGAGUUAGAGACUACACUGAAGAAAAAAGAAGAGGAAAUAGAAGGAUUGAAACAAGAAAUCGAAAAUGCCAGAGAGCUCCAGGCACAGAGGGAUUCUCUGACCCAGAAGUUACAGGAAGUAGAAAUUCGAAACAAAGACCUGGAAGGCCAGCUGUCUGAUCUAGAGCAACGUCUGGAGAAAAGUCAGAAUGAGCAAGAAGCUUUUCGCAAUAACUUGAAGACACUUUUAGAAAUUCUUGAUGGAAAAAUAUUUGAACUAACAGAAUUACGAGAUAACUUGGCCAAGCUAAUAGAAUGCAGUUAAAGAAAAGGGGAUUUCAGUGCCAAUCAGCUUAAAGAUGCACUGUCUCUCUUCAUAGGACUGUGUUGGGCUCUGCAUCAAAGUUGCACAAAUUUAGAAAAUGCUCCUCUGAGAGGGAUUGUUUUAAAUUUGAGUUGUAUUUCAAUGUAAAAUUUAGAACUCAGCUUGUUGAAGAAAAAAAUAAGAAACAAAAACUUGAAUUACAAAUUACCUCCUUGUACAUUAUUGGCCACAAAUAACUUGAAAGAUAUUAAUAAUAAUUGAAUGCAAUCCUUUUCUAAUUAUCAGUGAUGGAAGAAUUAGCAGUGUCCCAGGUCACAUCCCCUUUUUGUGAUAGAUACAAUAGAGGUUUUCUGCUGUUUUAUUUAUUUAAGAUAUUUAAUUGCUGUGUUUUGUGCAAGAACUUAGUGAUGACAGCCCUGUAUUUUGUUGUUCAUAAUAAUUUCUCAGGGUAUGUUGCACUGUAGAGAAGCAGUGCCGGUACCAAUUUAUUCUUGCCAGGAAUGAGAGAGAGUUGCAUCUUUAAUUGAAACAAAUUUACUAUAACUGCUUGUAUAAAGUUCUUUUUUGGGUUUCUUUGGUUGUUUGGUUGGUUGUUUUUUGAUUUUUUUAUAGAUAGAUAUAUAUAUACUGGAAGAUACAGUGUUUCUUUAUGGAGCUACUCUGGUGUUCUACAAUAUUGUCCAAUGUAAGGUUUACUUUUUCAUAUGAAUUCUAUGUAAUUACAGUGAGAUGGUAUCUUCCACUUUACUAUAUUUUUAAGCCAAUCAAUGAUGGAAGGUGAGUCCCCUAGGGGAAAAAAAGCCCCAAACCCUCUGAGAAUUUUAAAUGCAAAUUCAAAAUUUUAAAUUUGACCUGCACAGAUAACAAGGAAUGGCCAGUUGUUUGUUUUCUGGCCUUGAUACAUAUAUUGAAUGUUCAAUUAACUGUUAACCUGCUCUGCGGGAGGCUUUAUCAGAAUGUCACAUGAAAUUCAGGUUCUGUGAAUAAUGACUUAUGGGGAGCACUGUUUUGUUACAGAUUGCACUAAGGGCAUAGAGCUAUUGCAAGGGAUUGCUCAUACACUGAACUUGUCUAGACAAGAAGGCUGUUUCUUGAAGUUUUGUUAUCAUAGCAAAUUGAAUUGAAGACAUAUUUACUCUUUUAUGGGUCUUCAUAUCACAUCUUUAUCAAAACUAUACCAGGCAAUAUUCUGAACUGUUAAUUAAGUGUUAAAAAACAGAAAAUUGAAUUCAAUUACCCUCCAUGAGCAGGUUUUAAAGUUGUUUUGAUGUAAUUUUAACAGACUUUUGGCAAACACACAUUUCUUUAUAGAAUAGAUUUAUUUUAAAAAACCCCAACUCUUUGAAAGGUACGCCAAAUGUCUCGUGUCUUGCAUCACAGUGCAUCCUUGCCAUAAUUUGCCUGUAAUAUUGAAGAGGGCUUUUUUAAAAUGGAUGAGCGAGUGCCAGACUUCAGAGUCGAAAGAUGCACGAACCCUUGUUUGCUCCCCAAAUUAAUUUGAAUGUUAAACAUGAAGUCUAGCUGCUUUGUACAACACAGUUUUCUUCACUUAGAGACUGAUAUUCAAAACUAGAAAAGAUAAGUUUGUUUUCAUGUGUGUACUGUGUGUAUAUACCAUAUAAUACACACGGGUUGUCAUUUAUAUUGGAAAGACAUGCUUUAUUUCUAAAAUACCUUUUUUUUCAUUUACCAGUGAUUUUUCAGGUCUCCCCUGACUAGUCAGGGAAGUGGCUUAGGUCAAAUGCUAAACUGUCAUGUAUUAUAUGGUAUGUAAUAUACACAAUGUUUACGCUUUCUCCAUAUUUUUUAGGGUAUUUUCUCACAUUUAUUAAAGGGGUGGGGGAGCUUGUUUCAUUGUGCUACUGGUUGAAAACUUUGUGGUGAACUAUGUGUUUUUUCAUUCAGGGGAUUUUAGACAGUGGUGUGUAUAUCUUCAUCAGGUCCAGAUGAGCAGAUACAGCCAGUUUUUAAUUUUCCUGGGGAUAUUUGGGCCUGAUUCUCCUGUCACUUGUGCUGCUGUAAACCAUAUGUCCUUGAUGUGAUGUCAGCAACAUUCCGUUGGCAUAACAUCUGUGGAAGUGCAAGGAGAAUUUGGCCUGCUAAUGCUCAGUGGACAUAAUAAGGAUGAAGAAAGAAUAAAAAGUUAAUGAUGGAAUAAAUGUAAUAUUAUUUUUAAUGAUAUUAUUAUUGACAUUUUUAAAGAUAUGAUGUCAUAUGUGUGGGGAAAGAGUGGACUGAAAUAUUUCCACUUAAAUUUUGUGAAUAUGUGUGGUACAUGAGCAUUUCUAUGUAUAAGUACACACACAUAUGUAUAUACAAAACAUGGAAAAAUUUAGAUGUGCACAUUUUUAAUAUUUUCCUAUUGAAAUUAAAUUUAAAAUUGGAAAUUGAUAUUUGAGAAUUUCUUUUCUCAUAGACUAGAUAUGCUUCAUUUCUUUUUUUUUAAUAAUACAAUUACUGAGGGCUGCACCUUUAAAUUCCCAAAUAGUUGCCAAACAUAAAUAUGGGAUAAGGUGGACAUACGUGCACAUAUAAAUAAAAUCCUAUGUCUAAGACUAUUUUUAAUGCUUAUGUACAGUAGGCAAGUGUUUAGAAAUUGUGAUCUAAAGUUCAUGCUUAGGUGGCUAUACCUACUGUAGCCUCUCCACUUCUGUUUUAAGAUAAAAAUUUUCUGGUUUAAACCAUUACUGUCUGCGAGACAGGUACUGCACAUUGUAUCUAUCUUUGAUGAAACUAUGGGAAUAUGUAUACAAGAACAGUGUUCAGUACAAUAGCCUGAAAACAUGACCGUGAACUUGCACUGGAGGGGAGAGCAGUCACUUUGUGUAUAACUUGUUACAUGGCAACUACAGUCUUGUAAAAAAAACAAAGCAAAAAGAAUUACCAUAAGCCUCACAGAAAUACAGAAAUAAUAAUAAUAAAAAUAAAUAAAUUAAAAAAAGGAAAAGAAAAAAAGAGGAAAAAAAGAGAAAAAAAUCAAACCCACAGUUUUUUAUUUUGAAAUACACUUGCUGUUCUCUGGAGAAUGUACUUUUACUCUUUUUUCUUUUUUCUUCUUAAAUCUUUUCAAGUAUGUGCAAGUGAUUGCAGCAGCUACCUUAAUCUUUCAGGUGCUACUGGAUUUUGCAUUAGCGUGUUAUGUUGUGAAAUCCUGACUUUGACAUAAAAGAUUUUUGUAAGUAUAUCCCCAUCUGGAUAGCUAGUUUUUGGAGUGUCUUGUUCAUAAUCCAUAUGUCUCAAUGAUCCAGAAAUUGCAUUUUUAUAUGUGGACAAAGUAAAACCUAUGAAUUAAACUGUUUGUUACAGACUGGGAGUUCCUUUUCCUGGCCAGUUUAUCCAGGAAAGAGGAGAAAAAAAUGAACUGCUAAUGCAGAAAUGCUGUUAAAGGUCUCUAAGAAAAUACAUUUUCAGGUAAAAUAUAAAUAAAUAAAUAAAGGGCUAAACCAGAUGUUACACAAAUAAGAAUUGUUUAAUGCUAUCGGUGGCAUUCCCAGGAUAAUUCCUUUAAAGAAAACCCUGCAAGAAUGAACAGUACAUCAAUUAAAGGUUAAUAUUUUGGGAUGUGUCUUCGGUUGUCAGUUGUGAAAGGUUUCUGAUUUCUGCUCAUUUUUCUACCCGUUAGAGAUGACAUUCAGAUUUACCUUCAAUAAGAGGCUAAACCUCAAUUCAUUCUGUAUCAUCUUAUAUAUUCUGUACUGAAGUGGCUGCUGAACAGCGCUCUGCAUACACUGCAUUCAAAAAUCAAAUCCAUUUUUCAGAAUUACCACAUGGAGAGAGGAAUGGAAAACUCUUGCAGACCAUCACUCUCUGUGGAUAUCGGUACUGUUGGAUAUCAGUAAAAACACUGAACUUGGUUGAUUGCAGAAAUCUUGGAUCAUGAGGCCAAAGAUAAAUCUAAAUAGAGAUUAGGUCUGGAUGUCAAAAUACAAUUAAAAAAGGACCGUCAAGAAACUCUAUCCAAAUAUGUGUAGUUCAGUCUCAGUAACUGGACAUAACUGCCAGUUAAGUGGACACCCAUACGUCAAGGGUUUUUUUCAGGAAAUGGACCUGACUCUGCAAAGCAAUGUUCAAUUGUCUUGUUUACAUUUUCUUAGUAAUGCUGCAUAUGUGCACUACCUCUGAACGGUGCUGAGCAGAGAGCAUAUCACUAAAUAACGUUAUUUAAAAUUUCUGGUUUUGCUGAGUAGCCUUAGUUCCUCGUUGUACUCCAGUUACUUCAGACAAGUAGGAUUAAUUUUCCCUAUUAUGCUAAAUGUUUCGGAACAAUGAGUAGAGUUUUUUGUUAGAUCCUGGAAUCAGUUCAGCUCAUGUCCACUGUUCUGGCCAUGCAAUCUAGCCAGAAAGCAGCUGUGAGUGUAAAUAUCGCAAUACCUCUAGAUACAGUAGACAGAAGUGGGUUUUCACACCAUAUGGGGUCUCAUAGCUUGCCUGCGAAAACCUCUCAGGGACCUGCAGUCGCCAGAACUGCUUCUGCACUGCUGGCAGCUCAUUGUAGGACCAAAGAAACACGAUAUACCCAUUUUUUUCCCUCAUUGCUGAGUCUUGCACAAGCAGAGCUCAGAUGCAACAAUACAUCUGGCAGGUUUUAUCACUUUCAGAUAAAGCCAUGGGAAGGAGAGUGACUAUCAAAAAUGCUUUCAAUUUGGGGCGGGGGGGGGGGAACCACAGAUUUCAAAAAGAUUUCUUAAUGCGGAACCUUUGUCUAGCUGUAAAAUAGGCAAGAAUGGUUUGCAUAGGGAAGGACAAACCACCUGAAAGGAUCUCACUUUCCUAGGUGUUCACAUCAUGCUGACAUUGAGCACACCUGGCUUGCCAAAACUCUGCUGUGAUUGCUAUAGGCUUCCCAAGGUCAGCACUGGGGGUGUGUUUCAUGAACACAGCUGAAGUUCUGACAGUCUGCAAACCCCAUGUCCUUUCAGUCUUUUACCUUCACAGCUCUAGAGGUUUGGUACCAGUUUUAGCCAUUGGUAGUGGUUGAUGAUGCUCCCUGUUUUUUCCUGCUAUCAGUUCCUAUCACCAGUGGUGUUUGUGUAAUAGAAUUCUGAGCUGGGUUUUAGGGUUUUUCUUUCUUUAACUUCAAAGUAGUUUCCAACUUUGUCCACCCCUGCUCUGGGGAUUCUCAUCUGCUCUUAUCUGAGCCUCAUCUCACUGCAUGGAUCCAGCAGUGUGUCAGCCGCUUUUGCUUUCAUUAGAUUGAGAGUAGCAACCUAGACAUUUUCUUGGAAGACAACUUGCAUUUCUGUGACUGCAGUAAUUCUUGAAGAGGAGGGAUUUUUUUUCCCAGUAGAUCAAGACGGAGGCAGAAACAAGGACUUUCACAAACAAUACAUGCAUCCAGGUGCUAAGGGGAGAGGAAGAGCUACACUGACAAGGUAUGUGCAAAUAUAAUCUGUGUGUAUGGAUUUAAAUAGGGUCAUGCAGAUAUUUGCAAGGUUAAUAUUUUCAGAGAGGGAACAAGACAUAUGAAAUUCUCUGAGUCUGGCUUUAUUUUGUUAAAUGAUCAAUGAUCAAACAUGCCAAGAGAAGAAGCAGUGAGAAAACCUCACAGAUGCUCUAAACAAGCAUUACCGAAACACAUCACGAGGACGUAUCUUGAAUCAGAGCUGUCUAAAAGAGAGCAAUGCAAGUAUUUUCAGAAGACAGGAGUUUGUAUGCUCUUUACUGAUGAUGACUGCAUUGCACAAAUAGAACUUCCCUAUAAGGCAUGUGUAACUCCUCAAGUCAAAAUACAGGAAUAUGUUAGGAUUGGCAGGCUGUUUUCAGAAGAAACUGAACUGAUCUUCCUGCUAAAACAAAGGGAUCCUAUACCUGGCAGCAAAAAUUCCCAUCAAGCCAAAGGAUUUCUGUCAUCAGCUAGGACAGGUGACAGGUCUUUUGCAAAUGAAUUAUAGCAACAUUGGAAACCUCCAUGAGAGAACCAGUACAAAGAUGAGAGCAGGUUUCUGUGCAACUGCUGCAGUGUGCCUGAGUCACAGGGAAAUCUAGCUACAGGACUUAGUCCAGACUGGCAGGUUGGGCAGGUGGCAAACAAUGCUGUAAGUUCUGAGACUUUUAAGGGAAUUUUGACGCUUGGGCCAAAUUGCAGUAUUGAACUGGACAUAGGUAUUCUAAAAUCCAUAAGGAAGUAAGGCCUCACAGAGUACAGCAUUAGUCAGCUCUGUGGCUGAGCAAACAACCCCACUAGGAACUGCUGGAAUGUUUGGACAUGCAAUCGCCUCCGUAACCCCAGCAGUGAGAAGGGUUUACUUGGAGGACAAGAGCAAACAGUUUCACCAGCCUUUGAGGUUGGUUUUACAGCUCGGGAGGAGCUACUAGGUGGCUGUGGAAUUUGCUGUGACGUUUCAACUCUCUUUUUUGAGGCACUGCACCAGAAGAGGGGGCUGCUAUAGAGGCAGUUGUGAGCUGACCUCCCUGACCCCCACGAGCACAGUGCUGGAUCUUAGGUGGGUGGCAUAAAUGCUGGCAUGUAGCUACUUGGACAAUAGCUGGUCACAGUAGUGUGUCAAGGGAUCAGGCCUUCAUUGGCUGGAAGGUCUUGACAGAUUUAAGUGAAGAAAUUGUAAUUUAAAAUAUUUCAGGCUAAGUUGGUUUUAGUUUGGGGGUUUUUUUGGGUUUUUUAAAAUGAAACUCCAUGAUUUGCCAUUGCAAUGACAUGUUGAUGGCUUAACAGAAAACACUGUAGUGUCCUCUUGGGAAACAGCUAAGCUCCUUCCCCUGGGUGAGCUCCAAAGGGAGCAGAAGUUAAAUUUUGCAUUCAGUUGCUUAGCCAGCCUGGUACUGACAGUACCACACACUUUCUUAUUCAGAAGCAUCCCUGCAACCAUGAGUAUCCACCAAGGACUGCAGCAGAUUUUAUCAUCUGGGCCUCAAAAGGCUAGAAGUCUUGAGUUCUCUUGGGCAGCUGAUGGCUGGGAGCACAACCGAGGUUUAUCCCAAAAGGUUGAUAGUGCAGUCUCAACAAAUGCUGGCUGGGACACAGAGUUUCUGUUCAAAGGUUGUUAUUGCAAAUUGAGAUUAAAAGCUGAAGACUUCUGCAAAAUGGGACAGAGCAUUUACUUGCAACUGUAACUGCUUUUCAGUAUUUAAAUGUGUUUUAGAUGUAAUAUAUGUUAAUUUGUACACAAAUCUAAGCAAAGCAUCCUCAUAGGCAAUGUGUGGCUCAUGUUCUCCCAGAAAACAUAGCCCACACAGAUACCUUUCAUAUUUUUUUUUUUUUAAGAGUAACAAACCUAAUCUCCUGAAUAGAGAUUUGCUCUAUCAGUCAAGCAUAGUUAACUAAUGCUACCUUUGACUGAGGACAAUUCCUGCACUCCUUCCAUCUCUUCCCAGAAUGGAUUAAUGAAAGUAGACACGGUACAAGUGUCACUCAGCUUUUCUUGACCCUGGCUGCAGGCCACAGGCACCGGAGGAAUGGCCAGACCUCACAAAAGCCAACAGCCUGACCCACUGAGCACAGUUUGAGUUAAAGUUGAAUAACAGUAAGGCAGGGCAUGCAUGACAGGCCAUAUAAAAUGCUGUUGCAGAGUGGGUGGAAAUAAUUUGCUCAUGCAGUGGUGCUGGACAAUAGAGGAGGUAAUGACCUUAGCUUUCAUCUUAGUUUGCUAUUAAGAGAAGCCCUCAACCAGUAGGCACUUCAAUGGAUCACUUAAGUGUGACCUUCCAGCAGUAGAAACCUUUAGGAAACCACUACAGGAAUGACAAAGGUACAGAUGGCUCAGCAACAAAAGUAUAGGAUUUGUAAUUUUUUUUUAGUACUGUCAAUUUUAUUUUUUAAUGCCAAUUCUUUUUUUUUUUAACACGUCACUAGAAACCAAGAGCAGUUUGCAAUGGUUUCUCUGUCAAAUUGUUUUUGCAGGACUCUCUCCACUCCAACAGUUAUUUUACUCACAGCAAGUGAGUGUGGGGGGAUAAAAGGCCAUCACUUUAUGAUGCUUCAAAUGAAGUUGAUUCAUAGAACGUCUGUUGUGUUGUUUAAAUUGUGCAUUUAACAUGCAUGGCAGUUUGAGCAUGCACUGAUGAUUUUGUAUGCUAAGAGCUCAGUUACAUUCUUACUGAAAUUUAAUGGGAUUAAAAUAAAGUACUGA